AUGCUUCAUCCUCCUGCAAUAAUAGUAUUAGUGUUCGUGUUGACAGCUCUUUUGGCUGCAUCGGCAGCACCUAUGGACACCAACGAUUGUACUUCCUUCAUGAUGGACGAUUCAAAUGACAAGAUACAUCCAUUGUGCACAAACCAAAGCGUCCGAGUGCAUGAAACCACGGCCACUGCAAGUGCCAAAGCUGUGUUACCAACAUCGCCAAUGGUUCCUCUCCAUGGCAACGACAACGAUAAACAAAACCAUGGCAACGAUUCCGACCAACACACAAUUAAUCAUGACACGACUACUGGAGAUGAUAGCAAACAAGACGUUGACCACCAAGGUGCCCAUCAUCGAUUUGAUUUCCCUAUCGACCACAAUACUGGCAGUGACAUGGACCAUGGUGUUGACCACGACAUUGAUCAUAACACUGACUACGACUUUGGCCAUGACAUUGACCAUGACACUGAUAAUGACAGCGACAAAGAUGAUGACAAUGAUGAUGACCAUGAAACUGAUAAUGACAGCGACAAAGAUGACGACAAUGAUGAUGACAAUGACAUUGACCAUGAUUCAGACGACACUAUGGAACAUGCUGUUGAUGACAACAAUGAUCACAGCACAGCUGACCAUAACAUCAACCAUGACACGUUCAACGACACCACAAGUGAAAUUGACCAUGACUUGGAUGAUGAUAAACAAGACGAUGAUGAAGACGAUAUACCAAGCAAUACCACUAUCAGCAAAAACAAGAGUGGCCUAACGGUGAUACUUCAAGAUGAUAAAAACUUUUGUCUCUUCCUUCCAAGCUCCCCGGGCAAUCGAGACGAGAAUAAUGGAAAGAAUGAUCCUAGUGCUAUCAGCGAUUCAGAAAAGUCAGCUCGUGUAUUUUGCACAUCCAAAUCGAGCCAACAUGCUGUCCCUGGUGGAAAGCCCAUGCCCAAAGGGUUUAUCAAAUCCGCAACAUUUGCCAGUGAUCGUAGUCGUGAUUUUGUGCAAGUAACGGGAUCCAUUGACCGUGAUGCAUAUGCAUUAUCGCCCAAAGACGGAGGUGGUCAGUACGAUAAUCAUGGGGCUGGAUCACCACCUGAAUCCCAAUGUAUGGGUUAUCCCUAUUUCGUCGCAUUGGUCGAGCCCGACAUUAAUCAUUUUUGUAUCCGAUGCUGCAAAUGGUAUAGCGACUGCCAUGCAGGCCGAAGCGCUUAUGGUUGCCAGCGUGUCAUCCCUGAAUUGCCCCCCGAUCAUAACUUGUAA